AUGAAAGCCGUCGACAUUGAGACAAUUCAAAGGGGCUAUUAACCGCCAUUUUGCUUUCAAUGUCGGACAGCCGUACAAGGUCCGUCACUGGGGUACUCUCAGGGUGUGUCGAAGCUGGGUCCUAACAAAAAGAAUUCAGUACUCUAGCAUAACAAACCAGGAGCACAUACCCCUCCAUCAAGGUCCUGCGUGUGUGCAAAUGGCAUUUGAAUGUGUCCGCAGAGCCACGAGGAUAGUGGAGCCCGAUGGAGACUUCAACGAAAUCCUUUCUAUCGCGUAUAUGGAAGACAUGAAGAUGUCGUUUCACAGUGACGACGAGUAUGGGCUACGAGAUAUAGUUGCAUCGCUUAGUAUGGGCGCCCCUGCUAGGAUGUCUUUCCGGCCCAAAGGCACAUCGGUCGCGAACUUUGCUUUGGAACUCAGACAUGUGAGCUGGGGUAACGUUAUUUUUCCCGCCGAUAAUCUGUUAAUGCAGUGACAGGGCGACAUUCUCAUCAUGAAAGGGGAAAUGCAGAAUAUGUUUGAGCACAAGAUUGAUAAGAUUGCUGAUCUCCGAAUAGCGGCUACAUGUCGAUAUAUUGAACC